GUGUGUGUGAGCGUGGCGAGAGGGGUGAUGAGUAGUAGAUCGUCCCUCCAGGCUCUGUUUGGACUUGUGGCAGCAAGAUGAAGCCCUGUUCUUGUGCGCUGUUGCUGGUUUGAUGAUCGUUUAAGACCAACAUGUCCGCUCAGGGACUCCUGAGCAGCGUCUUCUCCUGUUCCCUCAGCCCCAGGACCAUCUCCAAACGUGGACUGAGGCAGACCAAGAGCCUGGACCCGGCACUGAUGAGGCACUAUGGAGCGGAGAGCACGUCCUACCAGGGUGGCUUCACAUGGAACAGCGUGUCAGGACGCUCCGUGGGUCUGAAGCCCGUCCCACUGCAAAGCCUCUCCGAGCUGGAGAGGGUUCGUCUGCAGGACGUUGCCUUCAGGCGACUCCUUCGCAAUUGCAACCUGGGCUGCCACAUCACCAUCCCCAAAUAUGGUCACAAAUACAAGAAGUCGCUCAGGCGUAAGCUGGAUUCCCUUUCUAAGGAGAAGAGUAAAGACAAAGAGGCGGCGCCCCAGGCCUUUAGCAUCCCGCUGGCGCAGGUCAUCUGCAACGACCGCACGCACAAGCAGCGUCACGACGCGCCGCACGAGCAGCACUGCGACCCCACCGAGCUGGUGCUGUCCUUCCUCCACUUCACCUCCACGUUCAAGAGGGCCAACAAGGAGCUGUCGAGCAGCAACUCGUCACUCAGCUCCAACUCGGAGAGUCCCAAUAAGUCGCCGUUUGCUCGAGCGGCCGAUGCAGCUCCACGGACGCGUAGAAGGGGCGGCGUGUCGGUGGACUGCAUCACCGACCUGGACGAUAACCAGUCGCAGCUCUUGGAGGCCCUCCAGCUGUCUCUACCAGUGGAGGCGGCGGGCAAAAACAGGAAGAAGAGGCACGACAAAAAGCUGAGCCUCAACCCCAUGUACCCUCAAGUGCCCAAGGUGGUGGAGCUCUGCUGCCAGCACCUGGAAAACCACGGUUUACAGACUGUGGGAAUCUUCCGUGUGGGGAGUUCCAAAAAGAGGGUGAGGCAGAUGCGUGAAGAGCUAGAUCAGGGAUGGGAGCUACAUUUGGACGAGCAGUACAGCGUUCACGAUGUGGCGGCGUUGCUGAAAGAAUUCCUCCGCGACAUGCCAGACCCUCUGUUGAUGAGAGAGCUCUACACGGCGUUCAUCAACACAACGUUGUUGGAGCGGGCUGAGCAACAGAAGGCCAUCCAGCUCUUGAUGUUCUUGCUUCCUCCCUGCAACUGUGACACGCUGCAGCGCCUCCUCUGCUUGCUCUCCGCCGUGGCCGCGCAUGCCGAAGACAUGCUGGACGUGGACGGACGCAAGAAAGCAGGAAACAAGAUGACCUCAUUAAAUUUAGCCACCAUCCUGGGACCCAAUCUCUUGCGCAAGCAAAAAAACCCCGAGAAGGAGUUUGCAGUCCAGAGUUUAGCCCGCGCCGAGGAGAGCAGCGCCAUCAUCAGCGUACUCCAAAGCAUGAUCAAUGCGUGUGACUCUCUGUUUCUGGUUCCUGCCGAGCUCCAGAAUGAGGUGUUGCUCAGUCUCCUAGAAACCGAUCCUGAUGUUGUGGACUACUUACUGAGGCGGAAGGAUACACAAUACUUCAAUUCAGGCCUAGUCAGACCGCAUCAUUCCUCCAUGAUGGAGAGAUGCUCCUCCAAUGACUCCAUGUCCAGCGGCGAGGCGUCUCCAUACGACAACAGCUCUCCCGUCCUGUCCGAGCGACUCCUGGUCCUGGAGGACGACGAAGCGCUCUCGCACAGCGGCACCGAGCACGCGUCUGAAAGCUCGCCAACUACUGAAGAGGCCUUGGAGGAUCACUUCUGGGACACCUGGCAUCCACUUUUUAGCAAGAAUGUUAUUGACCUUAACAUCAAUGGCUCCCUCGGAGACAUGUCUGAAUGGAAGUCGUUUGGAUCGUCGGAGGGGCUGAGCUGUCACCAAGGUAACAGCCCGACACAAACCUCAUUGGAUGCUUCAGAACGCAGGCCACACCUCCCCGUGGCUCGCGCCAGCAGCAGCGACGGCCCUCGCGACCAGACGGAACCCCGGCAACCAUUACCUUCAUUACAUCGGGUACCCAUCAGCCAAUCCGGAGCCAUCAGCUCGGACGACCCGGCGGACAGGAUGAGACGCCCUGUUGAUCCGAUCCCUACAGAUAGAAGAGAUUGUUUGUUUCGACCUCUCAGUGAGAUGCGUGUUUCUCAUUCCGCACCUUCCAUCAGUCUGACACGCCAAGCCCAGACUCACAGCGGAAACACCAGAACUGCACCAGAACGGACCUCUGGUAAAGCAAACGGCCAUAUAUGGCAGAUCCUGUCGACAAACAAUGGAGAUGCACUGCCUGAAACCCUGGUGUGACGAAUACAUCAAGACUUGCUGAGAUGCUGCCAUUAGCUAACUCUCAGUGGUAGUUCAAAGUGUUUCCCUUAUUGUACUAUAUACUGUGUGUGUGUGUGUGUGUGUGUGUACAGUGCAUAAAUGUAAGAUUAUUAUAUGUUCAUGCAUUUAUCGUCAAUUUAUGUAUGACACGUUUUUUCUCUUUUCUAAAUCAUAAAAUGCAUAAAUGUAUUUUAUAUUUAAUAACUUCAUUCUCACGUAUGAAAGUUAUCAUUAAACAUUUUAAAAACUCAUGUCCCUUGUUAUAGUUAAUAAUUUGGCAUGGGAAACAAUACAAAAAGUCUUGUAUUGCAUAAAAUAUUGCAUUAUAAUUUUGUAGAAAUCCAACUAAAAGACUCACUUGGGUUAAAAAUUCUACAAUGUAUUUUUAAACUAAAAUAUUGAAUGUUGAUGUGCUAAACUUUGUUGUUAACCACAUUUCUAUUCUUUUUAAGUGUUUUUCCAGCUAUUUUUAUGCAUUAAACAAACACAAUAUCCUCAA